UUUAAAUGUCAAAUAAGGCAGAUGUGUUUAUUUUUCUAAGGUGCUUGGAGUUUCUUGAUUGACUUGCUAGGGGGAAAUCUAUAGUUUCAGAUAAGAUCUAGAGGUGAAUAUAAUCACAGUAUAAGAAUCCUGUGGUUUCCUUGAAUUCCUACAGCUCAUUCAGAAGACAGUCAUGGAGAAUGACGUUUCAGAAAGAUCCCCGGGCCCAUCAAAGAUUGUUCGAGGAGGAUUUGUUCUUCUGUUGAUUGCCCUUUUAUUGUACGCUAUUGCUUUACCAUCCCCAUUCUGGAUACACGGAUCUGAUGAAAAAAAUAUUACCAUUGGAAUAGAAUUAACCAAAACAAUGGAAUUUACCUUUGCCAAUAGAAAAGAAUUUUCCAGCCUGGGAAUCUGGUUUUAUUGUACAAGUGACCAUCAAACUUCGUGUACGAACUUCCUCGGUUACAACAUGAAUGGACUUAAUGGUGUUUUGUUACGGGUUCUACAGGGAGUGUCAGGCACUGUGCUGCUUUUAUUAAUAAUAGCAGUUGUCACACUGGGUAUAAAAAUGUGUCAGAGAAAAGAUAAAAACGUGGCAUUGGUAAUAAGCAUGAUCACCAAUGCUGUUGCAG